GUAUACGUGGUUGUAGCUGGAGCCAUAGUCGACAAUCCCGCAUCCUGCUCCAUGUCGACUCGUCGUAACACUCUUUAUCAAGCUGCCGCUGAUGUCCAGGCCAAUCAGAACGCCCCACUACCGCAAGGCGUUGCUGACCAAGAUGUGCCUGUGCUUAAUCCUGCGCCACCACCUGCGGUGCAGGCUGUUCGUCAAGAUCUCAAGCGUUCUCUUCUCCGCCAUUUCCCAGUUUUCCCGAUUGUUCUCCGAGUGCACUCACGUUAG